UUUCAAAUCUUCAUUAGUUUAAUGCCAAAAGUUAUUACAAUGAGUUCAGAUCUUUACGUUGAGUUUUUAAUAUAAAGUUUUGUCAAUACCUGAAAGUAUUGGCCAGGCUUUGACCCUUUUAAAUUUUGAAUAUAUGUUCCGUUAAACUCUGACAUAGCCCUUCCAUUCUUGUUCUGUGUAUUUUUAUCGUCAGAAAAGAAACAUGGCAUACAAGUUUUUUCUCUCAUAGAAAAUUUCUGUUGCAGUUUGUCAUACGUUAUUCCGUUCUGUCCGGACCUACAACAUUUAUGCACUACUCUCUUUAUAAAUUCAUACGCUCAAUUUCGGUGAUGGAGAAAAGUACCGUAACAUCGAUUAAAGUUUUUUUCGUACAGGAAGUACAACAAAUUAAGGAAUAAUACUUUUCGAUAUUAUUAUUUUCGAAUUUAGUAUUAUUAGUUAUAUUAAAUAAAUUUACAGUAUUUUAAUGCUAAUUUGCGCACAAAUAUACAUACAUACAUAAGUGCAGCAUUAAUAGUGUAGCGAAAUCGUAAUUCGAUUCAAUAAAAAUGGUAAUGUCUAAUUGUAAUCGAUUUUUGCAAAAUGCAGAUGUGUGAAAUUCCCAUUCCUAGGAAUAAUAAAUAAAUACUUAUAUGUUUAUUGUGGAAAUUUACAAGAAUGAGGAAAUUUGUGCGAUUUAGACGCUGGGUUUUAUUCAUAUUAACAAUAUUUUUAACUGCAAUUAAUCUACUGUGGACAUUUUGUUUACUGGAAACGGAAAUAAAUUCGCAACGAAUCAAUAAGACGUAUAACAGAUAUACAAAGCCAUUGGUUGCAAUAGAAAGUGUCAACGAUGCCACCAUGCCACCGCUCAAUCGAUCAUUAUUACAGAAAAUUUCGAAGCAUAAUUUUAGGCUCGCUUUCGACAAUAUAAGUUUCGAAACUGGUAGAUGGGACAAUCUUCGUCAUUAUAAGAUGUAUGAUUUUGCGUUGAUUGGAGAUAAAUUUAUCAAAUCCUCACACGAAAACAUUGUAUGUUUAGCUACCCAAAGCUCUGUGGAACGGUUGUAUUCAUUGACACAAGUUGCACAUCAAUGGAACGGGCCAAUUUCAACCGCCGUCUACGUUGCCGGAGAUGAAGAAUUCUUCAUUUUACAACACUUUGUGACAUAUAUGAGACUUUGUUUCUCAUUUAUACGCGAUAACGUGACUUUUCAUAUUGCUGUUCCUAAUAAUAAGGAACCAGUUCACGCACAAAUCCCUCAUCUCUUCAACAGCUUUGAUUGUCAAUACCCUGAACAAACGCUUCGCCAUUUACUGAAAAUACGCAAUCCGGACACAAUACGUUGGCGUUUAAAAAAUGAAUAUCCGCAAAAUCAUUUACGCAAUUUAGCUCGAAAAGGAUGUCAAAAUAAAUAUGUAUUUCUAACAGAUAUUGAUAUAAUACCAAGCACAAAUAUGGUAUCACUAUUAAAUAAAUUUCUGCCAUCAGCAAAAUGCAGCUAUCGUUGCGCGUAUGUAAUACCAACCUUUGAAAUAGAUAACAGAGCUAAAUUCCCUGCUUCCAAGCCGGAGCUUAUGCGUUUAUAUAGAAAAGGUCUGGCACGCCCAUUUCACGAAAAAGUGUUUAUUUAUAACCAGUACGCGACAAACUUCUCCAUUUGGCUUACGAAUUCUUCCAAUGAAGAUGAGCGGGCUCAUAUAAGUCAUGUCGUAACAAAUUUUGAGUUCUUGUAUGAACCUUUUUAUGUCGCUUUUGAUGAUGUCCCUGCACAUGAUGAAAGAUUUAUAGGCUACGGCUUUACCCGAAAUUCACAGGUCUAUGAAAUGUAUAUUUCUGGCUACACAUUUUUUGUGUUAUCCCCUGUUUUUACUUGUCAUUGGGGACUACAACAAAAAAAAGCGAGACCUGUUUGGCGCGAACAGCAAAAUAAUCAGAAUCGAAAGCGUUUUGAGAUGUUUAAACAUGAAAUUCUCGCUCGAUAUAAAAAAAAGACAACAAAGAAGUAAUUGGCAUAUUCAUACUCGAGGAAGUAGAUUGGACAUAAUGAAAUCAUUAUUUAAAUAAAGUACGAUAAUUACAAAUUUGUUAUCGAUAUGAAUUUUAUGAUAAUUACAUUAUACAAACCUUAAUAAAAAUAAUUCCAGAUCACUCUAUUACAUAGAGUGAAACCAUAUAUCAGUGUACGAGUAUAUA